AUUGCAACCAGAUUCGUGCAAUCAAUCUUAUUAUAUGAUGGUUUUUUGUUUUUCCCGCUGUAUCGAAGAAUUCAUCCGUGAAAGUAAACCACGUGGAUCCUCGCGCGAGUGCUGUAUGUGACAGCGUUGGACAGCGCACACGCGCGAAAGAUUUUCUGAAUGCAGCACUGAAGUGAGGAGCGUAAGAAUCAUCAAUUUCCUGUAAUAAAAACAUUGAGAAAAAAGUGGUUGAUAGCAAGUAUUUCGUGAAAAAUUAAAGAGCCACGUGUUUAAUAACAACUUUAUUACGGAUAAGCGAAAUAAGAACGAUGGGUAAAAAAGGUAAAGGGAAAACGGGUGAUCUAGGCAGAGCAUUGUUACGAGAUCGAUUUGGCUCAUCACGCUCAAAACGUUCUUCCGGCGAGUCGUCCAUGCUUCACACUGCUGAUAUAGAGGAUGGUUACAAAUGGGAUCGUCUUGAUCUAAAAUCUAUCACAGAGGAGAGUUCUUUCCAAGAAUUCCUUUCGACUGCUCAAUUAGCAGGGACAGAAUUUCAUGCAGAAAAGUUGAAUAUCAAAUUUGUGAAUCCACAAAGCGGCAUUGGAAUCUUGUCAGACAAAGAAAAAGAAGACCUUUUAGAAACUCAUCGUCAGAACAAAGACGUACUGAAAAUACCAAGAAGGCCAAAAUGGGAUGCAACAACCACAGCUCUAGAGUUACAAACAAAAGAAAAAGAGAUUUUUCUAGAAUGGCGCAGGACCCUUGCUCUUGUCCAAAAAGCUCAGGCUCUUACAAUGACUCCCUAUGAAAAAAACUUGGAAUUCUGGCGUCAGUUGUGGCGAGUAGUUGAACGUAGUGACCUUGUUGUUCAAAUUGUUGAUGCAAGAAAUCCACUUCUAUUCAGAUGCGAAGAUCUUGAAAAAUAUGUCAAAGAAGUUGACUCCAAAAAAAUGAAUAUGAUCCUUCUCAACAAAGCUGAUUUUCUCACUUCUGAACAACGACAAACCUGGGCUAAUUAUUUUACAAAAGUUGGAAUGAGGGUCGUCUUUUUCUCUGCCAAACUUUCAGCCGAAGAAACUUUGAGAGAGCAAAGAUUGAAUGGAGAAAAUAAAAAUGUAGACAGUUUUGAGGAGGAAAAUGGAAGCGAGAGUGAGGAAUAUGAAAACAGUGAUACAGCCAGUGAAGAGGAGACUGAAGAAAAAUAUUAUGAUGCUUCUGAAGCAGUAUCGAGUGAGAGCGAAUAUGAGAACGCUGAUGAUGGAACAAAAAAUUUGAGCAGUUCUCAUAGCAAGGGAAAUGAGAACCAAAUAACCGAGAAAAAGAAUUCACUGAACGAAAAAAGUUCAGAGCAAAUGAAUUCACCCAAUGAAAAUAAAAUGGAAAGACCUUCAAUCGGGGAGGCCGAAUCAAAAAACUUGCUGAAUGAAGAUAAUGUGGAAAUAGAAAAUUCGCCAGAACUUUUAAACAGAGAAAAAUUAAUAUCGAUAUUCAAAUCAAUGUAUAAAGGGACAACUUUUACAAAGGGGAUAACUACAGUAGGUCUCGUGGGAUAUCCAAACGUGGGAAAAAGCUCGACAAUAAAUGCAAUCCUGAUGGAUAAAAAAGUUUCAGUUUCAGCAACACCAGGCAAAACUAAACAUUUUCAAACUCUCUUUGUUGAUGAGGAAUUAUUGUUGUGCGAUUGUCCGGGCUUGGUUAUGCCGAGCUUCGUUUGUACAAAGGCUGAAAUGAUAUUGAAUGGAAUUUUGCCAAUCGAUCAGUUACGUGAUCACGUCCCAGCAGUUACACUCGUUGGUACUUUAAUACCGAGACAUAUAAUCGAAGACAUCUAUGGAAUUAUGCUUCCACCGCCUUUGGAAGGAGAAGAUCCUGAUAGGCCACCGACAGCCGAAGAAAUUCUCAACACUUAUGGAUACAAUCGUGGUUUUAUGACCCAAAAUGGCCAGCCUGACAACCCUCGUUCCGCACGUUACAUUCUCAAGGAUUUUGUCAAUGGAAAAUUAUUGUACUGCGUUGCCCCACCGGAUCAGCAGCAAUCGGAGUUCCAUAUAUUUGCCCCUAAACGAAAAAUCACAUCCUCUGAGAGGAUUCAACCACCCAGGGCUUUGCGAGCGAGUAGAGGCGUUCGUACAACAGGAGGAGACGUUGAUAAGCUUUUUUUUCAAUCGAAGACAAUUGGUAGUCACGUCAGAGGUGGUGAUGCCCGUAAUUAUCGUCCAGUCAACGGGUCGGUCAUGGGAUCAACACAAACUCUCGACCUCGGAGAUAAACCUUGGAAAAAAAUAAACAAGCAUGUGAACAAGAAAAAGCGCGAAAAAUCAAGGCGUUUGUAUUCUUAUUUGGAUGAACAUUAAAAGAAAGAGAAAAGAGGAAUAAUGUAAUAACAAACGUUUGUUUGCGUAAACCCAUAAUUUUUAAAUCUUAAUUAUAGUCAUAUUUUUCGUAUUCCCCUGUACAAAUUGUGUAUAUUCGUGUACAACGUACGCCGUUGAUUCUUUUUAUUUUUCUAUUUUUCCUCAUCCUUUUUCAUAAUUCGUUUCCACGUCCAACUGGAUGCUUUACGUUGUUGUAAAUUGUUCGUUUUAUAUGAUUAACAAUUCAAUUGGAACAUCUCAAUAAAUAUAUUGAGCGUAA